UUCUCUCUUUCUCUUUCUGUUUCUCUCUCCCUCGUGUUGCACUGCUGAUAGGCCUAGCCCGAGUUCUGCGUAAUGCGGGGGCUUGCUUGAAUGGAUGCCACUCUGGAAUUCAUUUACAGAUGCGGCACAGUGGCACUCUGGCUGGAACUGGAAGGUUUACGUAAACGAGACACGUCCAUGUCAGCAAAAGAUUUGUCACUUAGGAACGAAGGCUGCUGCUGUGGCACAGUUGCCACUAAAAUAAGAUAAGUUUGUAGAUAAGGAGGCGAUAAUUGCAAGGAAUAGCCUCCAGGGUUCUGCGUUGCAGGGGAAAACCCCGUGCAAGACCUGUUUGUAAUCCUGUCUGUCGCGGUGUGCCACAGCCGCGCAAUGUGACGAGUUAAAGAAACAGCAGCCGACGAUCCUGUCCUGAUCGUGUAAGCCGGAGGGUUUUGGUUUCACUGUGACGGUUCUGUUGGCACUAAGAAAUGUGGCAAUUAAUGAUGUUACUGCAAUGAGGCGAUUUUUUUUUUUUCAGAUGCUCUGUGAGUGUGAGUCGCCUUUACUUUCUUCUCGCCACAUCUUUUUCCUCCUCCCUUUGCAUUUGUACAGUGGAAACAUUCAUUUAGUGUCUUUCUCACUCCCUCUUUCUCCAUCUCUCCUUUUUUGCUUCACCCCAAGCCUCUCCCUCUCUCCCUCUCUCUCUCUCCGUCUCUCACUGCAAUACACCCACUCAAACAGUCAUAUCCGCUCUCACUCUCUGGCUCUCCCAGCUUGUCUCACAGUGCCUGUGAAGCGUCUCUAAGGGGGAAGACCAGACUGCUCUGUCAGACCCAUUUAAAAGACGAACAACUAACAGUCUUGCCAACGAACAAAGAAGAUGCAAAAAAGACCUUGGGAGGACUUUUAAAAUGGCUGAGGCUAGAUAGAAGCAGAGCUGCUUUGAACGGAGAAAUGAUCCAUGUUUACCUGCAUCCAUGCGGCUCCAGGGCACCUUUUAAUGAUGCCUCAUUUUGUCCUCUUGCAUAACUUUUGGCCCACUCUGAAAAAGGUGCUCCAUUUUGAUUUACAACUUAGUCUGUCAAUGUUCCUAUGCCUCUGACCUCUCUGCUGCCAUGCGGUUAGACCAAUGAGGCUCCGAGAGCCUUUCGUUACGAGUCUGUGAGGUCUCCUCCCCACUCUAUGGAGGCUGAGCCCAGCCAUCCGGCUGAUGGGGAGCGCUCUGGAAGGCAAGCGCAGCAGCAUGUGACAUCUGAAUCUUCAUUGGGUUCUUGUCCACCUCAGCAACCCCAGCAGCCUUCUAAUCCUCGUCCUGUACACAGAGCCUUGGGCCGCCUACAAAACCGCCAACCCAAGCGCACUGACCUGCUUCGGUUACAGCAGCAGCAAGCAGUAGCAUGGCAGCGUUCAGAUACCCCAGGUCCCUCAGGAGGCAGCUUCUUCUCUACAAGCUCCUCGUCAACCUUAUCCCUCCCCUCUACGUCCUCCACCCAGGGUGAGCAUGCUCACGGCGUUCCAACUCACUCCAGUCAACAGGGCCUAGAAGGGGUUAGCUCACCUAGGAAAGGGGAGAAGAAACCACAAAAACCAGGGAAAUAUGUGUGCACUUACUGUGGCCGUCCAUGUGCCAAGCCAAGCGUUCUUCAGAAACACAUACGAUCACAUACAGGAGAAAGACCCUACCCAUGUGCGCCCUGUGGGUUUUCCUUUAAGACCAAGAGCAACUUAUACAAACACCGCAAGUCCCAUGCCCAUCGUAUUAAAGCGGGUCUGGCAUCCAGUCGAGAUGAGCCCAGUUUGAGUGGUGCAGAAGGCAGUGGCGCUGGAGAAGACCCUGAGGAACACACAGAGGGAGAAAGCACUGAGUCUGAGGACGAGACAGGCCAGCACAGAAAAUCCUCUAAAGAGAUGCUGGGGCAGCAUAGGAAAGGAGGUAAGGAGCGCCUGAGAAGCUCAGAGGAGAGCCAGAGGCCUGAAGACUCCCACGCUGUCAAGCAAAGACUUGCACUGAGGCUUAGUGAGAGAAAACGUGGGCCCAUGGCUUCUCCAGAUGACCCACCCUCUUCCCUCUCCACAUCAUCUUCUUCUAUUGGGCCUGGCAGUAAAGGCAGCACAGAGUCGGGCUACUUCUCCGGAUCAGGCAGUACUGACAUAUGCCAAGUUAGCCCUCCAAGUUCCAGUGCCAAAACCUACGCAGAAAUUAUUUUAGGGAAAUAUGGAAGGCUGGGAGGGCAGCAGCGGAGUCCCCACCAGCAGCAGCCUCAUCCCUCACAUUCCUCAUCCUCAGGAACCGAGGAGAAGAACAUCUCCUUCGCCGUACCCAAAACCCAAGUAAUAGAACACAUUACCAAGCUCAUCACUAUCAAUGAAGCAGUAGUAGACACGAGUGAGAUUGACAGCGUUAAGCCUCGACGCUCCUCCCUGUCACGGAAGAGCAGCAUGGAGUCACCCAAAUUUACUGCCCCCAAAGACCCCUAUGCCUUUGAUCUCAAAGGAGAAGCCGCAGGCCCCAGUGGUUUGAGGCACAUCCAUAAUCCUGACGCUGAUCCACCGGGUACGCAGGACCAGUCAGCAGUGCCUCUGCUUAGAAGCCACUCAAUGCCAAUAUCAACCAGCCAAGGAGAGUCCUUUGCCUCUGGCACCAUGUCACCCAGAGGUUACCGCCUCUGCCAAUCUUUUGAUGAGCAGCAAGCAGUGGUCGCAGAGAUGAGGAUCGGCCAUGCGCAGCGUAUGCUCAAGCGCCAGCCUGCCAUAGAGGUUCCCCUGGGAGCCGAGUCAAUGUUGGAGGAGCCCAGUCCCACCACUUCCUGCUCCUCCUCAACAAGAGGCACCGAACUACCCAGACAGCCACAGCAACAACAACAACAACAGCAAAAGAGUCCCGCUGUGUUUGAAUGUGGAACAUGUGGGGCCCGCUUUCAAGAGACUGAAGUCUUCGAGGCCCACAGAAGCAUCUGCCCAGGGCAGGAGCAAGAGAGCAGGGAUGCAAGCAAAGCGUGCAGUGUAGAUCGCCCGCUGAUGAUGCACCAUAAGUUUCGAGCGUUAGCCAUGGCUGUGAGGAAGCGGAGGAAAGAGGAGAGUCUGGAGGAGGAUCCUCCCAGUCCUGGAUCUGUAGCUGUGUCCGGCAGCUCUGGAGGCCUCAUUCCAGUACCACGCAGACCAGAGCAGAAGCAGGCCCUCUCAGGUGUUUCCUUACAGACUGAACCAAACCAACAGCAGCAGCAGGACAGGAAGGGUGUGUCUGUCAUCCAACACACUAGCUCUUUUGAGAAGCAAGAGAGUAUAUCUAUGGAAAGUCAAGAUCCAGACCUCAGAGAGAGUCAGCAAACACAACCUGAGCCAAAACCAUCACCCUCUACAUCUCGCCUCAUCCGCCAGCCAAAUAUUCAAGUGCCGGAGAUACUUGUUACUGUGGAGCCCGAUGCUGAAAUGCCACCUGUGUCACCCCCGCUGACAGCAUCCUCAUCAAAGGAGGCAGAGAGAGUAGAGGAGUUCCACUGGCCUCAACGAAGUCAGACAUUGGCCCAGCUCCCUGCAGAGAAGCUGCCACCAAAGAAGAAAAGACUCAGGCUGGCAGAAGCUGCCCAGUCCUCUGGAGAGUCCAGCUUUGAGUCUAUGUCUUUGCCUCGCAGCCCCAGUCAAGAAAGCAACAUUUCAAACUUUUCUGUUUCUUUUGAGGAUGUAGCACAAUCAGAGCAAGCUGCCCGAGCUCCCAGUAGCCAAAGUUCCCAGAUGUUGAUGGUGCCAUCUGCUUCUCACCAACACCACCAAAGCCACAAGGAGAUGAGGCGCUCAGCCUCAGAGCAGGCCCCAGCUAGUCCACAACAAACGGAGCAGAUCCCAGAGAUCAGAAGUAAGUCCUUUGACUAUGGAUCCCUGUCUCCUCAGCAGUCUGCAUCCUCCUGGAAGGAAAGGAGAAAGUGUCUUCUAGUGAAGCAUGCUCCAUUAGGGGAACCAGAACAGGAAGUAGGAGGCAGAACUAGUCAGCUGCCCAGAGCAGAGAGUCCGCAACCUGGUCCUUCCUACUCUAAUCUUUCUCCUCUGUACUCCACUGGAGUAAGCUCCCAGUUUAGCCUCGAUGCCACUGGAAAGGCUUUGCAGCUGUUACAGCCACAAAUUUCUUUAUCCUCUCAGGAGGUGCUUCCUUUGCACCCCAGAGGGCAUCAAGCAUUCCCCCCAGGGUCUUUGUCCCAGCUCCUCCCGGUCACCACAGCCAAAUCGGAAGUACUAUCCACCCAAAUCAUUCAAAGAGCAUUUCUACAGUCACACACAGAAUCUCCGCCUGUACAGAUACAUCCAGCACAAAUCCACAUGGCUGAAAGGUUGGGAAUACCCCUCCAUCAGCUUCCUCCCCCUUUUCCUCACCAUUUUUCUUCCAGGAAUACAUCGAGCCAGGCCAUGUACUUGCCCGUUCCUCCAAGAUUUACCACACACAUUUCUUCUCCUCAAACUACAGAAAGCAGACCCCCCAUUUCUUCUGUGUCUUCUUCACUGACUCAGGAGUCCCUUGUGACAAUCUCCUACCACCACCCGAGGCCGGUCAUCGCCACAUGCCUGGCACAGCUUGCACCAGUAGUGUCUCUCGUGGUGCCAGUACGCCUCCAGACUCAUAUACCUACAUAUGCCAGUGCAAUGUAUACCACACUUUCCCAGAUUCUGGUUUCCACCCGCUCACAGGAACCAGUUUCUUGCACGGCUAUGGUCAUCAUGGGCCAGGUGGAACGGGAGACACUGCAAAGGAGCUACUUGAAAGUCCCCUCUCCAGAUGUCAAGAGCCUUCUUCCUCUGUCUCUGUCAUCAGAGCUGGCCUCAGGAUCUGGAGAUGGAUACAGUCCACUAGGGGCAGGAGGAAGUAAGCGCAUGCUGUCCCCUGCAGCCAGUCUUGAGCUCAGCACAGAAGCCCAGCGUCACCAGAAAAGAGUUAAAGAGGAGGAAGAGGAGGAGGAAGAGGAGGAGGGCCACCAUAAGGAAGAAGAGGAGGAGGGCCGUGUGGAACCAAAGGUAGUACAGGAAGAAGAAAGGAAGGCAACUGGGAAAAAGCUGGAAAAGGAAAAGAAGAAAUCAGAUACAUUAGAAGUAACGAGUGUGGAUGUGCAUGGGCAGCCAGAAGACCAGCCAAGGAAAAAUGACAGGGAAGAAAAGGUGGAAGAGAAGGAAACAACUGAGAAGAUCACCCAAAAAAAGGAAGCUAUCUCAGCUGUGGAGGUGGGCGCAAGCGCAUCUUCGUUCCCCAGCCUCCACACUUCAACCUCAGUCAACUGGUGCUACCAGAAGUAUGUUAAACCCAACCCAUCUGCCCAGAGGGACCCCCGCACUUCAGUUUAUUCAACCUGGAGCGUCAGCGCUCACAACCCCAACUUGCCAGGCAUCAGCACAAAGGUCGCCCUGUCUCUGCUCUGCUCUAAACAGAAGCACACUUCUGAGAUUUAUACCAUGGCUACGGCCCCUACUCCAGCCGAAGUCAAAGUGGCCCCUGAAAACAGCAGGACGCCGCAUGUGUCAGAGGUACAUGCCACCCCACCCAGCACCCUCACUGAAGUAAAGGAACAGCAGCAGCCUGAAAAGAAGGAAGAAAAUAAAGAGAUGCGAGAAGUGGAGAGACCAUCCACCUCCAAGCAGAGUGAGCCUUCUCGGGUUUGCAUCUUUGAAGGAGGGUAUAAAUCCAAUGAGGAGUAUGUUUACGUGAGAGGUCGCGGCAGGGGAAAGUACAUAUGCGGAGAGUGCGGCAUCCGCUGCAAGAAGCCAAGCAUGCUGAAAAAGCACAUCAAAACGCACACCGAUGUCCGUCCAUACAUUUGCAAACACUGCAACUUUGCCUUCAAAACCAAAGGAAACCUUACAAAACACAUGAAGUCAAAGGCUCAUGGGAAAAAAUGCCAGGCAAUGGGUGUAUCUGAGUCGUCAUUGGAUGAGCCGGAGAGCGAGGAAACAGCAGGGAGUGAAGAGCGUGUGUGCGGCUCGGAGGAACAGGAGGAGCAUCAGUUUUCUGACGUGGAGGAGUCGGAUGACGACGAAGACAACGACGACGACGAUGACGAAGAAGAGGAGGAGGAGUCCACGUCCCACGAGGACCCACCGUCCUCUGUAUCGUCUGACACCCACCCAUCAACAGGGGGGCGUUCAAGCUCCAGCAGGCACUCUAAGCAAGGCACUCCUGACCCCGAGCUUCCGGGUCCCAUUCCCUGCACCAGUCAGGAGCCCUCCCCACGUGGAGUUUGGCCUGGCAGAAGAGCCGCCUCGCCGGGGAGCAGGAGAGCAGUGUUCUCCCGGCGAGGCUGGAAAGCAUCUCCAAGAGCCUUCUCCCCAAGCAGUGAGAGCUGUUCCCCCAGCCGCAGCCUCUCCCCCCGCCUGGAGUAUUCGUCACCCAUCCAGAGCCUCUCUCCGAGGACAGAGCUCCCCUCACCCAGCCGACAUGUCUCACCUUCCCCCGAACGAGGACCUUCUCCCAUCAGACCCCUUUCUCCUCUCCUUCCCCUUUCACCCAGCUGCUACCGAUCGUCACAGGUUCCAACGCCUCCCUCGCCCCUGGGGAUGCAGCACAGAACCCCUGGGUACUUACCGUGGGAGAACCCUGGUACAUCAGGUAGUCACAUCAGAGUGGAGAAAAGCAGAACAGCAGGAGAAGGGCCAACAUGGUCAGACACCAGCUUGUUUCCACCUGCUUUUCGCAUUUCCACUUGUGAGGGUUAUCCUGGCCACCAGACAACAGACAACAUCUUCAGCCAUCUUCCCAUGCACUCCCAGCAAGCCAAGGUCCCUUAUUCGAUGAUCCCAAUAGGAGGGAUCCAAAUUGUACAGGCAAGACCAAGGUCCCACGCUACUACCCCGAAGUCCCCAACAUCACCCCCAAUGGAGGGGCCAUCACUGGCCAGGUUUGAAACAUACUGGGGCGGGACCCCCAGGACUCAAGGGCUUAGGACUCCUGGAGACCACUGGUCAGAGCACCAGACAGCAGGAACCAGCCAGUCAGGGCAGCAAGGUCUUAGCACAGCACUAACAUUUUCCAAACCAGAGUUGGAGGCCACAGACUCAAAGCAAUAUGGCAGCUCGCACAGCUCCGUCCACACCCACGGGUCCUCUACUGAGACCACUGAGCACUGCGCCAGUGACGACCGUUCAAGAGCACCCCCUAGUCUAACACCCCCGGUAGCCUCGAGUGUCAUCGGACAACAGCCAGAGAGGGAGGAACGAACAUCUGGUAGUGAUAUGGUGGAGGGAGGAGCUAAAGGAGACUCCGCCACAAGAGACCAGAGAACUUGACAGCGUCUACACUUCGAUGCAUCGUGCAUCCCAUUUUGCUUUAUUGUUUGCUACACUAGUCUGU